ACGUGAACAGAUGAUCUCUCUAAGCAAAAUAAAAAAUGGGUGUACUUGAAAACCUCUGGGACGACGUCGUGGCUGGUCCUCAACCUGAAGCCCGUGGCCGUGGCCAUCUCAGGCGAAUCUCCACCGGUUUGACUAGCCUGAACAAUACGAAAGAAGCAACAAUGGUGGGCGGAUCAGCGUCUCUACCAGCGAGUCCGACUACCCCGGCCACACCAGGAUCUGGCCGGAAAGUGGAUGUGUGGAGAAGUGUAUUUCAUCCAGCAAGUAAUGUGACCACAAGGGAGAUUGGUGCUAAUGUCUUUGAUAAACCUUCUCAUCCUAAUUCUCCCACGGUUUAUGACUGGUUGUACAGCAGCGAAACCAGGAGCAAGCACCGUUAAAGCGUGCUGUCAUCGACGGAUCGUCAAAUUAAAAUAAGUCAAGAUCUCAUAAAAUUAAGUGGUUACUAUUAUUUCAAGAUGAUUAAUAAUCAGUUAAGUUGGCUGUAUUAUCGGUGUUAAAAUGAAUUACUAGCUUCUGAUUUGCUUUGAAAAACGCGGGACUGCGGGAUUGUUUUGUGUCGACAAAAAUAAUUAUUAAGGAAUGUUUUUUUUUAUAAUUUAUAAUUUAAUAUAUAUCAAUAUUAUUAAUUCAGGAUCAUCCUUAUCUUUUGCCCCUACAACUACCUGGAAUAUUACUUUUUUGCCACUGGACUUACAUUAAAAAAAAAACAAUUUUUGUAUAACUGUAUCCAUUAGAAACCACGAUUUAUUUUCUAAGCUAAACAGUUACGUUUUCCUGGUCAUUGGAUAUAUAAAAUUUAAAACAGAGCCCAUUAAAUAUCUGAACAAACCCAAUAUAUGUUUUUUCUCAUUCAUGGCAACAAAUAUAUAUGUUUUCAAACGAAAAAAUAAUUACAAUAUUUUUUAUAAAAGAAAAUACACCAUUUGAAUAAAUAAAUAAAUAAUACAAAAUAUAUUAUAAAUAAUUAAAAUAAUUGGAGUUAAGAUAAUUAGAUGAAACUUCUAUUCUAUUAAAUUAAAACAAAAAAUAUACCCGGAAUCUAGUUUUAUGUUUAAAUUUGUGUAAUCAUUUAAUUAGUUGUUUAUAGGUGUACUAAAUCUUAGAAUGUAAAGAGAAUUCUUAUGCGCACCGUGCCAUAUUUAAGUUUAGAUCUAUAAAUCAUUGUAAUGAGAAUAAUUUAUUAGAAGCGUCAGUUUUACUAAAUAACUAGGUGUUUGCCCGCACAUACGGACAUAAUCAUCUUAAGAAUACUUAUUAUUUUAUGUUUUAUUAAUACUAAAAUCAGCAUAAUAAAACUCUAAUUAGUGAACAUGUUGAAGGAAAAAAAAUUAUGGUGAAUUCUUUGUUCCUCAAAAUUUAUACCAAUUAUGUCGAAAUUUUAAUCAAAUUAUUGAAAAAUAGAUUCCAUUUUUUUCCUUCUAAAUUCCCCAUGGAGGAAUGAAUUUAUAAGAAACAUUAUUUUCCCUAUGCAAUUUUGAUAAGGAACAAAUUGAACAAUUUUUUUUUUUGCAAUUUCUCAAAUGAAAUUUUAUUUUUUAUUUUGUUCAUUUUUUUUAUUGUUUUAGUGGUCAACUGAAGCUAUAGUGUUUCACGGAUUAAACUUAAACAUGUUUAAAGUAAAAGCAAGAAAAAUUGUUUUGAACUCAGUCACAAGUUAAAUUACUAUUUAUGAUUUUAAAUAGUUAAAUCAAACAUCAAAUUAUUUACAUAUGUCAAAAAACGUUCAGCAAACUAUGUACUUAUUAUUAUGUUAACAAAUUUACAACACUCAUAUAUUAGAAAUAGCUUAGAAAUAUCUUUAUAUAAAUAUUUUUGUUUGUCUAAUAUUUAAUUAUAAAUUGUUUUAUAUUUUAAUUUUUAACUUUAUAAUAAAAAUAUUGUUCUCAGAUAGCAACAUAAUAUAUAUAAAAACUCUCUUAAUUUUCAAAUGUAUUUUCACAAUUUUAUUAUAUUAGUUUAUAAUUAAUUUAAUAUAACAUGUAAAUUUAAUAUUAUUAAAAAAAUUAAGUAUUUAUUUAUAUAUUUAUUAGAAUCCUAAGUGAUUCUAAAAACCCUACCCGACCCACCUCUCAACUCUAAACCUAAGUCUAGAUUAAUAACUCCUAGGGGUAUAAAUAUUUUAUACCCUUUAUUAAAAGUGAAAGUAAAAGUGGUUAGUGUAAAUAUGAAAAGUGAUACUAUGAAUGUGGUAUUUGCGAAAAUUUCCCAAAAACAAUCACAUAUCCCAAUUGGUUUGUACUCAAAAAGUCUCUUAAUUUUUUUGAAGUUUUGGAAAAAAAAAUAUUAUACAAUUCCAUAAGUUUACUUGAUCUAUCUUAUACUUUUAAGGUUUGUUAACUUAUUUGUCCACAUGAUUUUUGGAAAGUAUAUAUGAAAUGUAUAUUUACGAAAUUGAAGAUUUUAUUGUAACCGGCAAUGUCAUAUAAACAUAAAUAAGUAAUACAAAUAAGGUAAUUGUAUUAAUUAUGUGGUACAACUAAUAUUUUUUUUUAUUUCACUACCAAAGUACCAAAGUACAACUAUGCACAAACUGAUACAACUGAAAAACUAGUACAACUAUGUAUCGUUGGUAUAACUAGAAAACUGGUACAACUACUUGUUAUUUAUUUAGUAUUACUUUAAAUGUUCAUAACGUUUUAAAUGUGUAUCAUGUUUUAAACAUUGUGGUUGAACACUAACAUCGAGUAGUUGUACUAGUUGUACCAUUCAUACAUAUCAUUAUCACUUUUCAUUAUUUGUUUAUGCAAAUAUCUUUUUAAUCAAAAGUAUUAUGAUAUACUGAGUGGACCUUGUUAAUUUAAAAAAUAUAAGAAUAAAAAUCUAUUUGAAAUCAUAUAUGAAAAUACAACAAAAACAUUGAUAUGCCAUCUUUUCAUUUCAAAAAUACAUCAGGUUAUUUUUGUAUAUGUGUUUACAAGUUGCAUCAGGUUAUUUUUGUAUAUGUUUACAAUUUGUCUAAUCUUAUCUUAUUUUUAUUUCCAUGUGAAGAAAAAGACUUUGAGGCGGAAGCCUACCACUCAAUGCUAAAACAACACAACUCACCGAGCAAGCAAUAUGCUGAUAUGCUUGAUGUACUAGCCAAUCAACUCAACGUGUUGCUACAAUUAAACCAGUUGGACUAUUACUAUCGUAGUUCAAACACCAAACAUGAAUGGUUAUGUAUCCUUUUGAACUCAUGUUGGCUUUUUAUCGUUUUUUGGAGUAUACUCUUCCCAUCCUCUUCUACUGCAAUCUUUUCCGGUUCAAAAGUUGCCUUCUUUGGCUUCGAGAGUAAAAAAGAUGAAGAUAUUUUUCUUUCGUAAAUGGUACAACUAGUACAACUCGUACAGUUGGUAAACAAAUAAUUAUCUAAAUAAAUAUCAUAAAAUAAAAUUUUAACAUAUUUUGACAAAUUCAUACAGCGGGAGAUUAUACCAAAUUCUACAUCAUCCUCUUCUAUAACAUCAUUCACACGCUAAAAACAAAAACUUAAUAUAACCAUAUUAAUUGCGAAGUUGUUCUAGUUAUACACACUCUAAUUAUACUAGUUAUACUAGUUAUAUUUGUUGUAGUUGUACUAGUUAUACACUUUCUAGUUAUACUAGUUAUAGUUGUACUAGUAAUACUCUGUCUUCUUCAUUGUCGGAAAUUUUGUACAUUGAAGACGAGUUUCAAUUUUAUAUCUGGGAAAAUGGAUUGAGAAUGAUGAGGAAUCGAUCUAUUUGGGAUAAGAACGAAAUUCCGUAAGGGUUGAAGAAUUUUUUCGAUUUCGAUUUGGAUUAUGGGAUGGAGAAAUUUUGAUGAAAAUGAAAAAUCUAAAAUCUGGGUUCUUAAGGUUGUGAAUCAGGAUGAAGUAGAUGAAAACUGAGAAAUAUAUGAUGGAUUAUAUGAAUGGACACUUAAAUUUCAAUUUCAAUUAGACUUUUGAGAAAUCUAUACUAACAAAAGGGACUAAUCGAGGCUCCAGAGAGCGUCCACAUCGUUUUAGAAAUACUCUUCGAAAAGAAGCUACGUGGCAUGACUAUUAUUAUUACCUUAUUACAUUAAAUCAUAUUGCCAUAUUACACAUGAUUACCAUAUAUACAUUAAAUCAUAGGAAAAUAUAAGUAUAUAUACAUUUAAAUAUGUAAAUAUAUAAUAUACGAAUUAUAUAUACAAGAAUAAGUAAAUACACAAUUUAAAAAUAUAUAAUAUACGAAAAUAAAAAUUAAUAA